AAUCGGGGGGUCACGGCUGCCCACGCGCUGGCUCUAAGGACCAGUUCAAGACGACCCCAAGGCGGCGCCAGAGGGCCCCGAGACUGUCCGUAACAAGACGGGUGGGCUCAAGGCUCAACGCUUCCUUGUCGAACAGUCUGGCGAUUUGUGUCCGAACGCGUGCGGUCUCCCAGAUUGGUCAUGGCGGACGUCCGCGUGAUCAUCAGAAACACAUUCUUCGAGUUCGAGAGCUCCAUUGACGAGUCAUUUGCAGCCUCUGGCUGUGGCACGCGUCGAGUUCAGUCAUGCCCUCCCAUCCGCGGCAAGGACAAGGACCAUAGCAUUUUAAACAAGGAUGGUUCUGAUGGUUCCAGGCUCGAACACACGAAGACGCGCAGCGACGCCAAUCGCAGCCUCAGUCUCAUCAUUCUGAAGGACCCGGCCGUCGUACACGAGGAGCCCGAGGAUGAUGUACUCAGCUGCUGCUCGAUCGACCACUACUCGUGUUGGCAGUCGUCUCAUACUCCGCUUGUCCAUGCCGACCUUACAAGCAAGGUGGGCGAGAGUCUGCCAGCUGGCAAGCAGAGUUGUCAGGCAUUGGUCUCACCCAUCGCGCGAACGCCUCUGAGCAGCAAGGCCGGAAGCUUUACACCUAUGGGUAGUAAUGCUGCGGUGUUCGCUCCCGGGUGCCCACAGGCGACGGGCGCGUUCGGCCGCGCCCUUUCCUCUCCAGGGCAGGGGCCUGAUCCUGACAUCCAACCCUUAGCGACUGAUAACAAGCGCUGCACCACGCUGCUUCUGAGAAAUAUACCCUGUGGUGUCACACGCGAUGAGUUCAUCAAUGCGAUGAACGGGGAAGGGUUCGAAGGAGCGUACGAUUUUGUUUAUGUGCCAAUAGAUUUCAAGACCCACCAGAGCAAGGGGUACGCUUUCGUGAAUUUGAUCAGCGAGGAGCUCGCCAUAAACUUCAGCAGUGCUUUCAACGGCUUCACAAAGUGGCCUAUCCGGUGCAGAAAGCUUUGUACGGUAACGUGGUCUUGUGUUCAGGGGUUUCAGGCGAACGUAGACCGUUACCAACACAGCUUUAUCACGACGGAUCACGUCCCCGAACACUUCAAGCCUGUGGUCUUCGUCGGUAAGUCUCGGGCCCCUUUCCCGAAGCCCACUUAGUUACCUCAAGUUUGUCAACGUCCCUUGCGAUCAAUAGGUUGGUUCCUGAUCCUCAUCUCUCGUUGUCCUCCACCCGUCCUCUUUCCUCGCUCCGUCCAUUCCUCGCCCAUGUGUCGAAACGCGGCUACGCGGCCGCUUCGCCUGUGUGGCUGCAGGUCUUUAGCGAGACAUGACCGUAAAAGCGAAUAUGCAAGCCAUGGUUUCCUUUUGCAGUCUGAUGCGAGUUGAAAGCCAGUGUUCCCCUCACCCGCUCAUCUUUUCCUUUGACCUCUUCAUCCUUCCAGUUCUCGAUCUUCCUCUCCUGUUACUACUAUGGGCGCUGCACACGCCGAGUUACGUUGCCUGUAUUUUCAUGUGAUGGCCGCGAUUUUUUACCUCGCGCUGCCCUGCUUGGGUUCGCCCUCUGCUGGCUGGUUCGUGCUCUGCUCCCGGCACGCUCGUCUCCUGAGCACCGUCGGCUGACGCAUGUCGUUGACUUGCAAGAUGGGAUACAUACAGUCAACGUGCCCAAAUGGCAAGUCGCUCGACAGCCUGCGCGGGCCUGGAACCAGGGACGGCCGCCGCUGGAGCUGUCGGGGCGCGGCGAUGGGCCACGGGCGCCUGGCGCCUCCUCCCCCCUCCUCCCCGGGGGCCCCCGACGCCGUCCUCCUCCUCCGUCCCCCGCCCCCCCCCCCGCUGACGAUCUCGGCGUCCGGGGGCCGCCCUCCAGCCUCGGGCCCACCGCACCGCGGCCCGCGGCGCCAGGGCCGCUCCCGAAGAGGGGGGGCCGGUAGCCCCAGGGCUGCGCGCGUCGGCAAGAGCUCACGGCGUUGGAGGUCUGGGGAGGGGGAGAGGGGAGGAGACGUUUCUUCGAUAUGGCCAGCGGCCGCACGGCGAGGGCGGAGAGUCGACACCUUUUUGACAAUGCUGGGCUCGUGCUCGUCAGGGUCUGCUGGGCCACGCAUCCGUGCUAGCUGCUUGAGGCGCACGCUUUCCUGGGCGUUGGCCGUGUAAAGCAAGUGUAGUGCGUAGCCGAGUUUCAGCAUGAGUAGUGCGUACUCAACCGAAUGUCUUUGGUACAGAACUCGGCCUAGCCAUGCUGAUCUUGCAGGCACCGUCCGACAGGACACCCACAGGUCAGCGCUCUCUCACGCCGGACCAUGUGGUCCAGGAAGAUCUUUGCCGCGACGCCGCGGUCACCGAGUGAUGGUGGAAUAGUGUUGUCACCAAUGGGCAACGGGUUUGCCACCAAUGGGCAACGGGUUUCCCGAUCGCCCUCCUCUUCCUCAUCCUCGCCGUCCUCGCUCUCCCUUUUGGAAAGCCUGGCGCCCUGCCAGCUGGAGCCGCGCGCCAGGCCAAUGCUACCCGCACCCGCAGAGGCGGCUUUCGAUCCCCAGUGUCACGGAUGGGGAUUCCAAAGCCGAGGACGACGCCACGCAUGGGGAUGGCUUGCCAGGGGGAGGAGGAGGGGGAUCAGGUGUGAACUCGUCGAAGCAGUCGAAGUCUCCGAGCGCCUCCGAAUCGAAGUCCGAAUCUCUGCCAACUUCUUCUCAGACACCUUCC